AUGGACAACAACAUGAGGAAAGGCUUUCAUGAGGAAAAGAGAGUGUAUACAAAGUUCUACCAGCACAUCCUGGCCUUGGCAUUUGCUGUCCAUGAGAUCAAUGGAAAUCCCCAGAUCUUGCCCAAUGCCACUUUUGGGUUCCACAUCUAUGAGAGCUACUCUGAUGCAAGGAUGAUCUACCGCAGCACCCUAGAUCUGCUCUUCAGAACAUACAGAUUUGUCCCCAACUACAAAUGUGGUAUCCAGAAAAAUCUAAUUGGAGUAAUUGGUGGCCUUGAUGCUGAUACCUCCUCACAAAUGGCAGAAAUCUUAAGUCUUUACAAGGUUCCACAAAUUGCCUAUGGCUCAUUUGAAUCAACAGUAAAAGAUGCAACCAAUUGCCAUUCUUUUUAUCGCAUGGCCCCCAGCGAGGCUGUCCAAUACACAGGAAUCAUUCAGUUACUUCUUCAUUUUGGGUGGAAAUGGGUAGGGCUCAUCACUACGGAGGAUGAUUCCGGAGAGCAUUUCUUGAAGGUUUUAGAGUUCAAGCUUCUUCAGAACAGAAUAUGCUCAGCCUACACAGAAACUGCAGCGAAGAUUUUCCGUUUCAGUGACAUAGAUGAGACUAUCAUGUUCUUUGUGAAUUAUAUGCCAGUUUUCAUGAAGAAUAACGCCAACGCUGUUGUUAUAUAUGGAGAAACUACAGUGAUUACGUGGCUGGCCACUAUGAUAUGGGGGAAAACAUUGAUGUAUCUAGCAGAUUUGGAAUACCAGGAGAAGAACUAUACAGGAAAAGUGUGGAUUACAACAGCCCAAAUUGAUUUCACAUUAAGUCAGUUUCCUGGGAAUUUUGAUAUACAAUCAUUCCAUGGUGCCAUUUCCUUAACCCUUCACUCAAAGAAGCUUUUACAGUUCCCACACUUUCUUCAAGAUAUAAACCCUUUACAAGCUAAGGGAAAUGGUUUUAUUGAGAAUUUCUGGGAGCAAACAUUUGACUGUUUCAUGCAAACUUCUGAUGUGUCAAGAGAUGCCUUUGAUAACCUGUGUACUGGGGAGGAAAGGCUGGAUCGUCUUUCUGCACCUUUUUUCGAAAUGAGCAUGACUGGCCACAGCUAUAGCAUCUAUAAUGCGGUCUAUGCUCUGGCACAUGCCUUACAUAUCAAGCACUCAUCUAAGUCCAAGCACAGAGUGAUGGAGGAGAAGGGCAGCAGGACAUCUUGGAAUGUAGAACCUUGGCAGCUCCACUCAUUGCUUCGGAGAAUCUCAUUCAACAAUAGUGCUGAGGAAGAAAUUCGAUUCAAUGAACAGGGAGAAUUAGCAGCUGGCUUUGAUAUUACCAACUUGGUCACUUUCCCAAAUAACUCCUAUGUCAGAGUCAAAGUGGGAAGUGUGGAUCCACAGGCUCCUCUAAACAAAAGGUUUACUAUCUAUGGCGACAGAAUCCAGUGGCAUAAAGACUUCACUCAGGUGCCUCCACUCUCUCUGUGUAAUGAUGAAUGCCGUCCUGGCUCCUGCAGGAAAAAGAAGGAAGGGGUUAAAUUUUGCUGCUAUGAUUGUGAUCCGUGUCCAGAAGGGAAAAUGUCAAACCAUACUGACAUGGACUACUGUAUCAGUUGCUCAGAAGAUCAGUAUCCAAAUAAGGACCGAGAUGAAUGCUAUCCCAGAAAACCAAGCUUCCUUUCCUUUGAAGAAAGUUUAGGAAUUACUUUAACUUUUUUGGCUAUCCUCCUUUCUCUAAUCACAACUCUGGUGCUAGCAAUCUUCCUUAAGCAACGGCACAGUCCCAUAGUCAAAGCCAACAACGAGAGCCUCUCCUACGUUCUCUUAAUCUCUCUUCUCCUUUGCUUCCUCUGCUCCUUGUUAUUUAUUGGAGAGCCUAAACCCAUGACCUGCCUCCUCCGACAAACAGCUUUUGGCAUCAUCUUCUCCACUGCUGUUUCUGCUGUUUUGGCCAAAACCGUUACAGUAGUUGUGGCUUUCAUGGCCUCCAAGCCAGGAAACAUUUUUAGAAAAGGGCUGGGGAAAAGAUUGGCUCAUUCUGUCCUUCUGUCCUGUUGCCUUGUUCAGGUAGGCAUAUGUGCUUUUUGGUUGGGUUCAUCUCCCCCAUUUCCAGAUAUGGAUAUACACUCCCUGACUGAAGAAAUCAUCCUGGAAUGCAAUGAAGGGUCUGUCACCAUGUUUUACUGUGUCCUGGGCUACAUGGGCCUUCUGGCUAUUGUCAGCUUCACUGUGGCCUUCCUAGCCAGGAAGUUGCCAGACACUUUCAAUGAAGCCAAGUUCAUCACCUUCAGCAUGUUGGUCUUUUGCAUUGUUUGGCUUUCUUUUGUUCCAAGCUAUCUGAGCACAAGAGGAAAGUACAUGGUGGCUGUUGAGAUCUUCUCCAUCUUGGCUUCCAGUGCUGGGCUACUGGGAUGCAUCUUUUUCCCCAAAUGCUACAUUAUUGUGUUGAGGCCUGGUUUAAACCAAAGGGACCAGCUUUUGUGGAAGAAGCAAUAA